AGCCCACAAGAAAAAAUAGUUUAAACAAAGAACUAGCUUUAUAGACAGGACACCCUCCUACAACAACAACCAACCAACCAACAAACACACAAAACCAAAGUGACAAAACAUCAAUUAAAGCCCAAUUCUCAAGUAAAAACCCGACUAAAAAAGAAAAGCAGUAAAAAUGGCCGAUAAGAAAAUUGGUGAAUAUUAUUCGCCGCCGGUAAAAAUGGGAAAAUGGGAGGGUUUCAAAAAAUUCCUAUGGAACAGUGAAACUAGCCAAUGCCUUGGACGUACCGGUUCCAGUUGGGCAAAAAUUCUACUAUUCUAUAUAAUAUUUUAUGCGGCGUUAACUGGAUUCUUUGCUGCCAUAUUUACGGUGUUCUAUCAAACAUUGGACAACGAGAAGCCAAAAUGGAUGCUUGACAACGGUUUGAUUGGAUCCAAUCCAGGUCUUGGCUUCCGACCAAUGCCACCAGAGGCGAAUGUUGAGAGCACUUUAGUUUGGUACGAAUCAUCGAAGAAAGAUAACUACCAGUACUGGGUCGAUGAAACUGCACGAUUUCUGAAAUAUCACACUUACGAGGACGAGGAUAAACAGAACCAUGUGAACUGCUCAUUCGAGCAUCCACCACCAGAGGGCAAGGUGUGCGGUGUUGAGGCCUCAAGCUUUGCACCCUGCACAAUUGAGAAUAACUUUGGCUAUCAUGUGGCCCGGCCCUGCAUAUUCCUCAAGUUGAAUAAGAUUUACAACUGGAUACCAGAGAUUUACAACGACUCAAAAACUUUGCCCGACCACAUGCCCGAGGAGUUGAAGCAGCACAUCAAGGAGAAGCAACAGCUGCGACCAAAUGAGACUGGCGUCGUUUGGGUGUCCUGCGAGGGUGAGAAUCCCGCCGAUGUUGAGAACAUUAAGGCUCGCGAUUACUAUCCGCGCAUGGGUUUCCCACGCUUCUAUUUCCCAUUCAAAAAUAUUGCCGGCUAUAUACCGCCCAUUGUCGCUGUACAGUUCACUGUCGAAACCGGCGUCUUGAUCAACAUUGAAUGCAAAGCCUGGGCCCGCAACAUCAAUCAUGAUCGCUCGGACAGGAGAGGAUCCGUCCACUUCGAGUUGAUGGUCGACUAAGAGAUGCGUAAAUCAUCUUGGAGCAGCAGCGGAGAGAGCAGCGCAGCGAAAGCAAUGAAGGAAAGCGAAUGAGGAGAGACGAACGGGAGAGUGUUUGAGAAGAAGAAAUAGCAGCAGCA